AUGUCGGACCCUGAAGAGAGGGAAAACCCAGAACAGGAGGUGUCUCUUAGAGACGUUAUGAAAGCUGUUAAAACCCAGGGUGAAUUUAACGAAAAACUUAGCAUAGCUUAUUUAAUUGAAAAUAAUACAACUAAAGUAUCUUCGAUAAGUGACUCGGAUAAUCUCACUAAUGAUUACUACGAGUAUGAACAGGGACAGGCACAUAUUAUUUUUGAUAUUGUGUCGGCAUAUCACCAUGUUAAUAUUUUUAUGCCACAUACAGAAUUUUUAUGGUUUUCCUGGAGGCAUGAAAACACCGAAAAAUGGUAUAAGUUUUUGGUUCUCCCGUUUGGACUUUCGUCAGCAUGUUAUAUAUUUACUAAGAUCACAAGACCACUUAUAAAAAAGUGGAGGGGUGAAGGUAAACAAGUUUUAAUGUACCUAGAUGAUAGUUUAGGCACUCAUACGGACGAAGAAACUUGCAAAACUAUGUCCAAUCAAGUGAGACAAGAUUUAAUUCAGAGUGGAUUUGUUCCUAAAAAUGAAAAAUCGAAAUGGUCACCUAUGAAACUUUUGGUAUUUUUGGGUUAUUCAAUUGACACAAACCGUGGCACUAUAACCAUUCCGAACGAAAGAGUUCAAAAGGUUUUAAAAAUUAUUGCUGACGUUGAAUAUUAUGUAUCUAAACAUGGCAAAGUCCAUGCACGAUUGGUUGCUUCUUUAGUGGGACAAAUAGUGUCCAUGUCAUACGUCCUUGGUAACGUUGCUGCUUAUGUCAUUUCUAAACAUUUAAGCAUUGAUAUUUUAAGUAUGAUUUCGUGGAGUAGUUGUAUUGUUUUAUCAACAGAAAGCUUGAUACAAAUUAAAUUUUGGAGAGAAAAUUUAGAACACGUAAAUCUUAAAAAGUUUUCUUCAGAUGUGUCAUGUAAAUCUGUAGUUUAUAGUGAUGCAAGCAAUACAGGAUAUGGUGGCUAUGUUGUAGAAACACCUUUUAAUAUAGCACAUGGUAUGUGGUCCGAAUGUGAGGCUUCAAAGAGUUCUACGUGGAAAGAGCUAAAUGCUGUUAAAAAUAUUCUAUUAUCUAUGAUCAAUGUAUUAAAAGAUAAACGAUUUAAAUGGUUCAGUGAUAACCAGAAUGUAGUAACUAUUGUGGAAAAAGGUAGUAUGAAACCUGAAUUACAGGAUAUUGCUAUGUACAUUUUUUGA